GGUUGUUUUGUUUUGUUUUAUUUAUUUUUUGUUUUUUGUUUGGUUAUUUAUUUAUUUACAUUUUUGAAUAGGGCAUAGUUAUAUGCAUCCAUGAGAUAAGAGCUGGAAGAUAUGAUGAUUCAUACUCAUGUACAGUAGGUGGCGGUAUGCACCUUAAGUUGUUUGCAAUCCGCCAUAUAGCCGAGAGAAGAAGAAGAAGAAGCUGAACGUGUCGGAGAUCCCAACGAUCACAACAACAAGAGGCAAAACAUUAUCAUUAUGAAGAGGUCCAAGCCUUCACGUGCAACGGGAAGGAAACGGAAAAAAGAACAGGAGGAAACGAGAGCCAGAGACAUGUCUGCUGCCAGCUGUCUGCUGACUGAACAUCAGUUUCUGUGCUCCAUCUGUCUGGAUGUGUUCACUGAUCCAGUCAGCACACCAUGUGGACACAACUUCUGUAAAGCCUGCAUCACUCAACACUGGGAUACUAAAGUUCCCUAUCAGUGUCCCAACUGUAAAAAGUUAUUCCACGCAAGACCUGAUCUGCAGGUCAACACUUUCAUCUCGGAGAUGGCUGCUCAGUUCAGACAGUCAGCUCAACAAGUCUUCAAACCAGGAGAAGUUCCCUGUGACGCCUGCACUGGAACCAGACUGAAGGCUCUGAAGUCCUGCCUGGUGUGUCUGGAGUCCUACUGUGAGACUCACCUGGAGCCUCACCUGACAAGAGCAGGCCUGAAGAAACAUCAGCUGAUCGACCCUGUGGAGAACCUGGAAAGCAGGAUGUGUAUGAAGCACGAUAAACUGCUGGAGCUGUUCUGUAAGACCGACCAGGUGUGUGUCUGCAUGAUCUGCAGUGUUUUAGACCACAAGACACAUGAUGUUGUUCCUCUGAAAGAAGGAUAUGAAGGAAAGAAGGCAGAGCUGGGGAAGACAGAGGCUGAAAUUCAGCAGAUGAUCCAGAAGAGACGACUGAAGAUUCAGGAGAUGAAUCGCUCAGUGGAGGUCAGUAAGGAAGGAGUAGACAGAGGGAUAGCAGAUGGUGUUCAGGGCACCACUGCUCUGACGGAGUCUGUAUACAGAAGCCGGCACGAGAUCAUCACCACCAUCGUAGAGAAGCAGAGAGAGACAAGGGAACAGGCUAAAGGCUUCAUCAAAGAGCUGGAACAGGAAAUCUCUGAGCUGAAGAAGAGAAGCUCUGAGGUGGAGCAGCUCUCACGCUCUGAAGACCAGCUCCACCUCCUCCAAAGCUUCACGUCCCUGAACGCUGCUCCACCCACCAAGAACUGGACAGAAGUCAGGGUCCGUCCACCUUCACAUGAGGGGACUGUGGUGAGAGCUUUGACUCAGCUGGAGGAGACGCUCAGGAAACAGAUGAAGAAGCUGCUCGCUGAGGUGGAGCUGAAGAGGGUCCAGCAGUAUGAGGUGGAGGUGACUCUUGAUCCUGAUACAGCACAUCCCAACCUCAUCCUGUCGGAUGAUGGAAAACAAGUUAAACAUGGUGAUGUGAAGAAGAAUCUCCCAGACACUCCAGAGAGUUUUAAUCCUUGUUCUUGUGUUUUAGCAAAGCAGAGUUUCUCUUCAGGAAGAUUUUAUUACGAGGUUCAGGUUGAAGGGAAGACUGGGUGGUAUUUAGGAGUGGCCAGAGAGUCGAUCAACAGGAAGGAAAACAUCACAGUGACUCCUCAGAAUGGUUACUGGACGAUAAUGUUGAGGAAUGAAAAUGAGUACAAAGCCAAUGCUUGUAUGCAACUCGGUCUCUCUCUGAAGUCUCUUCCUGAGAAGGUGGGGGUGUUUGUGGAUUAUGAGGAGGGUCUGGUCUCCUUUUAUGAUGCUGAUGCUGCAGCUCUGAUCUACUCCUUCACUGACUGCUGCUUCAAAGAGAAACUCUACCCAUUCUUUUGUCCUUCUCGUAACUUUAAUGGUGACAACUCUGCCCCUCUGAUCAUCUCUCCUCUCAAUCACACUAAGUGGGACAACAAUUUGAUUUGAAAUCAGGUUCAAUAUCAUUUAAUGUUAUAAAUGUAUGUGUUUUAUGGGAUGGGCGUUGUAUACACUUUGUUAUCAGAUUGUGAUCAAUGCAUUUUUUUUUCUGUAAAUGUUUCAUUGCUACUAAAACAGCACACCAUGUUUACCGCAUAUAUUGAAAUGAUCUGAUGAAUUCUGAAAACGCUAUAACCUGCCUUUGAAACUGUAAUAUCAUAGAAGAAAAACAUGAAAUAAGAAGCAUUUGUACUUUCCUGACAUGCCUUGAUGCUAAAUCUAACACUUAUAUUGUCUUAUCAUUGUAUAUUUCGGACAUUUUGCAUCAUGGCACACAUUACUGAAGACAAUUUAAGGAAUAUGACAAAAGUUAUUUGAUUUUAAUCUCAUUUUCCUGGGGAUGACAAAGUCAAGUCUGAAAUUAUUUUCUUUGUUAAU